AGACUUUUUCAUCGAAUUGAAGAGACCAAAUAGCAAAAGCACAGGAAAACUGAAUGUCAAAGAAUACCUCAGGCUUAAAUAAAAAGAUAGAGAAUUAUAGGAAGUAUUCUAUCAGCGAAGGCGAGUCUAGUCAUCAUUCAAAAGAAGAAAACUCCCAAAGUAGUCAGUUUAAUGUAGACCAGUACAAGCUCUUAAAUAAGAAUACUGAAGAUAUAGAGAUUGAAAAGGAGUUAAAAUAAGAGUAAUAUCCCUGUAGCCUCUACCUUCUCAGUCCGUAAAUUCAAAAGAAACCUUCAAGCAAAAAUCAAUAAGCGCAAGCUUACCAAAUACGUGAGCGAGCUGAACGUCUACUUCAGUGACUACAUCAAAGAUAAUAUUAUGAAAAAGGAAGAACAGCAAAAGCAAAGCACUCAAGUAAAUUUUCAAAAACACAACCAUGCAAUAUUCGCAAACAGGAGUGGAGCAUUUCUGAACACUGAAAGAGCAAUGAAUAUAAAUAAAGUAGGAGCUAAAUCCUAACCAAAUGCUUAACACACUUGACCCAUCUGGAUUUAAAGAAGCAAAAUCAUCAACUAAAAACAUAUUUUUCAGAAAAAGACAAAGCCAAGAUUAUAAAUGUGGCCGUUCAAUUAUAUCAAUACAUAAUGAAGGAGAUCAGUGCCAAGUUAUGGAUGCUGACAGUGAUUCUGAAUCAAAACUUCCAAAGAAAGUCCAAUUCAGAAAAAAUCAAACAAGUAGAGGGACUAGAUCUGUUAAAAGGCCUAUUAGAUCUAAGGAAGAAUGGAUGCUCUAUAUUGAAGGAAAAUAAGAGAAUCAAUGAUGACCUAAGACAGACAAAUAAUGAGCAAGCUUCGCUAUCUUCAACUCUAUUUUACAAAGCUGCUACAGGACCUAUCAAAGCAAAUGUGGUGAGAAAUAGGAAGCCAAGAGGAGUGUCUCAGUCUUCAUCACUCUCAUUUAAGCCCUUUACUCCCCAGUUAGGAAAGAUUGGACGUAUAGUCAGCAAUGCUAAAUCAAAAUCUCCCUUUUACCAACUACCUACUCAGAAUGAGAUAAAUAAGAUGCUUGCCUCAAUUGGCGACAAGACCCAAAGGAUUAAAACAACAAACAACAAGAAUGCAAGAAGUCGACUAUUUGAUUUCGAAAGGAAAAUCAAAUCCAAUAUUUUAUCAAAGAAAAUGGUCCCAACUGAACUUAAGAAACUGAUCAUGGAGGACGACUAAUUCUAGCGUAUCAGCUAAUUAAUUAGUGGAAAAUUAAUGCCAAUAAUUGUUAUAAAAAUAGGGGUUUUGG